CACACCGUUUCUCCAUUCCAAUGCACACACAGAGCGGAGCAUAAACUUUCCGCAACCAUUCCGAUAAUUCGCUCAGGGACAUACUACAAUAGAUAAACCAAGCGGAUUGUAUCGGGAAUAAGACUUGAUCAUGUAUGUACGUAAUUGUGAAAAUGCAUAGUUGGACUAUGCUACAUUAUGGUAUUUGAUACAAGAAGUGUGGAGAUAUCAAACGUAUUGACUACAGAAAAGACUUGGGAUUUUUUCCCGACAUACCCUGUGAGACGGACAUCUACUUCCUUCGGUGUCGAUUAUAUGAAAUAUUAACGGGGAUAUUUACCGAACCGUUGUUGGGAACAGGGCAACUUCUCUUUGGUCGUUUGCCAAAUGCGUCUACGGGUAGGACAACUACGGAAUCUCGUUUCUCUGGCAUAAAACCCACUGGAAAUCAUUGAGUAAGGAGAGGGCACAAAUCUUCUCGUACCUUGUUCAUAUUCCUAUUUCCCUCGUUGGUUUUAUGGAGGUAACUCUGGGUUUGGGUGCUUGACGCCGUUGGACUGGGUGCUUGACGCGGUUGGACUGGGUGCCGGAACACCUCGGAUUGUAUUCACCCGUCUCUCCCUCUCUCCCCUGGGGUUAUUUUUAUGUCCGAGCUGACCGCUUUAUGACAAUGGAUUACUUGCUGGUUUUAUGCAGCCUCUGGUUGCACAUGGCCUCAGCUGUUGAAGAAACAUUAAUGGACACCAAGUGGGCCACAACUGAGCUAGCCUGGACCGCUCAUCCUGAAACUGGGUGGGAGGAGGUGAGUGGCUACGAUGACGCCAUGAACCCCAUCCGGACGUACCAGGUGUGCAACGUGCGCGAGGCCAACCAGAACAACUGGUUACGCAGUGACUUCAUCCCACGUAAAGACGUCCUCAGAGUCUACGUGGAGAUGAAGUUCACUGUGCGCGACUGCAACAGCAUCCCCAACAUUCCCGGCUCCUGCAAGGAGACCUUCAACCUCUUCUACUACGAGUCCGACUCAGACUCGGCCACGGAGACGAGUCCAUUCUGGAUGGAAAAUCCCUAUGUGAAGGUGGACACCAUCGCGCCCGAUGAGAGUUUCUCCAUGUUGGAGUCGGGAAGGGUGAACACGAAAGUACGGAGCUUCGGACCUCUUUCCAAGACUGGGUUUUACCUGGCAUUCCAAGAUCUGGGGGCUUGUAUGUCGUUGAUUUCUGUCCGGGUCUUCUAUAAGAAGUGUUCGACCACCAUCGCGAACUUCGCCGUGUUCCCCGAGACGGCCACGGGGGCAGAGGCCACGUCGUUGGUCAUCGCGCCCGGAACAUGUGUUCCCAACGCUCUUGAGGUGUCCGUGCCUCUCAAGCUGUACUGCAACGGGGACGGCGAAUGGAUGGUUCCCGUGGGAUCGUGCACCUGCGCGUCCGGGUUCGAGCCCGCGAUGAAGGACACCCAGUGCCAGGGUGAGUGUGACAUCAAGGACACUCAAUGUCAGGCUUGCAGCCCAGGCACGUUCAAAUCCAAGCAGGGCGAGGGUUUCUGCACACCCUGCCCACCCAACAGCCGUACCAGCUCUGGCGCAGCCAACGUAUGCUCCUGUAGAAACGGCUUCUACCGCUCAGACACAGACUCACCAGACAACGCCUGCACCACCGUUCCCUCGGCCCCGCGCAACGUCAUCUCCAACGUCAAUGAGACCUACCUGGUCCUGGAGUGGAGCGAGCCUCGCGACUCGGGCGGUCGCGACGACAUCUUCUACAACGUCAUCUGCAAGAAGUGUCUGCCCGAGCGCGGCAUGUGCUCGCGCUGCGACGACAAUGUAGACAUCUCGCCGCGCCACCUGGGCCUGACGCAGCGGCGCGUGGCGGUCCGAAACCUGCAGGCCCACACCCAGUACAGCUUUGAGAUCCAGGCCGUCAACGGCGUGUCGAAUAAGAACCCGUACACGCCGCAAUUCUCCGCCGUCAAUAUCACCACCAAUCAAGCCGCUCCAUCUGCAGUACCUACAGUUCACCUGAUGGGGGCCACAGCUAGCACCAUGAGUCUUUCCUGGCUGCCCCCUGAAAAACCCAACGGGAUCAUUCUGGAUUAUGAGAUUAAGUACCAUGAGAAGGACCAGGGAGAAGCUAUUGCCCACACCAUGACCGCCCAAAGGAGUUCUGCCCGCAUCGAGGGGCUGAAGGCCGGCACGCCAUACGUGGUCCAGGUCCGGGCCCGCACGGUGGCCGGGUACGGUCGCUACAGUAGCCCCGCCGACUUCAGCACCAACCUGCAAAGUGACCCAGAGAAGUCUCUUCAGGAGCAGCUGCCCCUCAUCGUGGGUUCUGCCACUGCCGGUCUCGUCUUCAUCAUAGCUGUCGUUGUCAUCGCCAUCGUCUGCCUCAGAAGACCCACAGGGACGCUCGGGACAGGCGUGCCACCUAUGAGGAAGCAGAGGAAUGGCUCUGAGUCAGAGUACACAGAGAAACUUCAGCAGUACAAAUCCCCUAUAGUCACGCCGGGAAUGAAGGUCUAUAUCGACCCCUUCACCUACGAGGACCCCAACGAGGCCGUCCGAGAGUUUGCGAAGGAGAUCGACAUCUCCUGCGUGAAGAUCGAGGAGGUCAUCGGCGCAGGUAACCAACCAAAGCUCCUGAGCUACAGGGGGAAGACUGCUAGUCACCUCCAGGCCAUACCGUUAGAGGACUUCACGCCAAGCGGAGAGUUUGGGGAGGUGUGUCGUGGGCGUCUGAAGCUGCCCGGACGACGGGAGAUCAUUGUGGCAAUCAAGACACUCAAGGUGGGCUACACCGACAGGCAGAGGCGGGACUUCCUGAGCGAAGCGAGCAUCAUGGGACAGUUUGACCACCCGAACAUAAUCCGGUUGGAGGGCGUGGUCACCAAGAGUCGACCAGUCAUGAUCGUCACAGAGUUUAUGGAGAACGGAGCACUGGACUCUUUCUUAAGGCUCAAUGACGGGCAGUUCACAGUGAUCCAGCUGGUGGGCAUGUUGCGUGGCAUCGCCGCGGGCAUGAAGUAUCUUUCUGAUAUGAACUACGUUCACCGGGACCUGGCAGCUCGCAACAUUCUGGUCAACAGCAACCUGGUGUGUAAGGUGUCCGACUUCGGCCUGUCGCGAUUCCUUGAGGACGACGCCACGGACCCAACCUAUACCAGUUCACUGGGAGGCAAGAUUCCGAUUCGCUGGACGGCUCCCGAGGCCAUUGCCUACAGGAAGUUCACCUCGGCCAGUGACGUGUGGAGCUAUGGCAUCGUCAUGUGGGAAGUGAUGUCGUACGGAGAGCGGCCAUAUUGGGACAUGAGCAACCAGGAUGUUAUAAACGCAGUGGAGCAGGACUACCGGCUGCCCCCGCCCAUGGACUGCCCGACGGCACUGCACCAGCUCAUGCUUGACUGCUGGGUCAAGGAAAGAAACCUCCGGCCUAAGUUCUCCCAGAUCGUCGCAACGCUGGACAAGCUCAUCCGCAACGCCGCCAGCCUCAAGGUGGUCACCAGCAGCACGCACUCUUCCGGGGCGUCGCAGCCCCUGCUCGACCGAUGCGUCCCCGACUACACCACCUUCACCACCGUGGGAGACUGGCUGGACGCCAUCAAGAUGAGCCGCUACGGUGACAAUUUCCUCAACGCCGGAUUUGCCUCCUUCGACCUCGUGGCCCAAAUGACAGCAGAAGAUCUUCUUCGGAUAGGAGUGACAUUGGCAGGCCACCAGAAGAAAAUUCUAGGCAGCAUUCAGGACAUGAGACUACAGAUGAACCAAACACUACCUGUCCAGGUCUGAGAUGGACCAACCAGAGAGAGAGAGAGAGAGAGAGAGAGAGAGAGAGCCAAUAGGAAACCCUAGCUGCCUGACCAUCUCAGCCAAUCAGAUGAAGACAAAACCUGGCUUGCAGUGCCUCGAAGGGACUAGACGUUGUUUCUUCUUCUUCUGUCUUCCGCGCCAAUGUUUCCUGUUGUGUUCUAUGUUAUUAGUCCCACGUUUUGACAAGAUUUAGCUGAAUGAUUUUUGUAUAAAAAAAAUGUUUCUAAAGAGAAGAAACGAAACCCAUAAUCCCAUGCGUGCCUCAUUUGGUCCAGUGUGGGGUGAUCGUUUGCAUGCGCGCGUGUGUUUUCGUGAGGAUGGCUGGGACUCAACCCCUCCACCCAACCCAUCUCCUUGUAUCCUGAACUUGGUCAUCCUCCUGUGAAAACCCAUCUCCUUGAACCUUGAACCUUGACCCUAACAUCUGUCGGACAGCCCCCCUGACGGACAUUAAAGUUGGAAGUGGACGAACACUGUUUGAGUAUAAAAAUACAGAAAAAAAAGCUGAAAAAGUGAACAAGCGUUCGCACACAAAAAAAUGAAGUGUUUGGACACGAUAGAUGAAGUCCCUCCCAUGCUACAACUUGUUUUAGUGUGUGUGUGUGUGUGUGUGUGUGUGUGUGUGUGUGUGUGUGUGUGUGUGUGUGUGUGUGUGUGUGUGUGUGUGUGUGUGUGUGUGUGUGUGUGUAUGUGUGUGUGUGUGUCU